AUGAGGAGGAUCAUUGCUGAAGAUCUAGACUGGUCACUGGCUACAGUGUCUAGUUUGUCGAACCUCUGUCUCCAGUGCAUAGUGAACAACUUUGAAGAAAGGCCAGUAUAUGAAGAGCUUACAUCCAGUGAGAAGGACUUCAUUCAGAACAGAGUGUCCCUUUCCCUGCCUCUGCAUUUCGCAGCCAAUGUUUUCCCAGAUGGCGUUUACUGGAAGCGAUGCUGUGAGCAGAAGUGGAAAGUUUGUGACGUCUCUAAUUACGGCGAAAGGUGGAAACAAAUGUUUUUUGAAAGGCAGCUGGAGAACAUCAUUGAACUUUUCGUUCCAGGCAUAACAGAGCCAAAGACAGUUCUAGACAUGGUCACACUUUGUAAAGACCACAUCAAGAAGCUAAACAUCGCUCAGCUUCUGCCACCUGUCAAGGAGCCGCAGACGGAGGAUGAGGAGCAAGCAUCAGAGCUGACACUUGCAAAUGAGGAUGAUAAAUCUGGUAUGGACCACUUUGACUUUAGGAUCUUGCUUGACAAGCUUACAAACCUGGAAGAGCUGCACUUGGUGUACAAAGUCAAAUCAUGUGGUAUGAACUUUGAAUGGAGCAUGUUUGAGAUGACCAACCGAGACUGUGAGUCCCUUGCCAAGGCACUUAAGUCCUGUAAGACAUUAAAGCUCUUUAGGCUCCAUCUAAGCCACCUUGAGGAUAAAAAGUGCCGUUUGUUGGUGAAGUACCUUUUAGACCACCCCUCCCUGCGUACUCUAGAUUUUUCUCACAACGUGAUUGGAGACAGCGGAGCCAGAGCCAUCGGCAAAUUGCUCACAAAGAGCAAGCUGGAGAUCCUUAACCUGUAUGACAACAAUAUUGGCGGCCCUGGGGCCAAGGCUAUAGCUCAUGCCUUGUCCAAGAACACAACUCUUGUGUCCCUCAACCUAUGUCUGAACCGUCUGAAUGAUGAGGGUGGUCAGGCUAUUUGUAAGGCCUUGUUGAACAACAAAACCCUACUUCACCUGCAACUGGGAGCCAAUGGGGUGACUUGGCUUACUGCGCUUUCCCUGUCUAGUGUGUUAGCACAGAAUAACACCCUGAAGAGCAUCAAUCUCUCCUGCAACGCGCUGGGUGAGGUUGGAGGAAACGCUUUGGAGGAGGCGAUGUCUCAUAACACCAGUGUGACAGAAUGCAAUAUCCACCUGACAGACAUCGAAGAGCGGAGAGUUUCCAUCAUUAACCAAAUGGUUUGGAACAACCAGUUUAGAAAACAAGAAACAAGCCCAAGAGAGAAGAAUACUGAGAAUGCCAACUGA